CGGUUCUUGUUCUGGUCUGCGCCUAUACGGUAUGCAACAUGACGUUCAACACAGUGCCACGUCAACAGUGACACGUAAGCAGCAUUGCCACGUCAGCAACAUGACGGGCCUGCCAGGCCAACUGGCCAAUGAGACCAUUGCCGCCUACAAGCAGCGUUGCCUGGCUCAGAUAGAGGCUGAGGAACAACGCCUGCUGGCAGUCGAGGCUGCCYGCAUACAAGCUGAAGAGGCAGCAGCAGCAGAGAAACUGCGGCUACAGGCCGAUGCAGAAGCAGAUGCCCAGGCUCGCCGAAAGGAAGCCCAGGAUCUGCUGCAGCGGCAUGAAGCCAACAGCAUCGACAGACUCAAGUACUGGCAAUUUCAACCAAACGGCGACGACGCAACACCGGAAGAAAAGCACAAGGAGUUCCUCUCCAAACUCGUGACGCGAUUGUUGUAUGCUUGCAACUACCAAAGGUCAGAGUUGGAGAGACAGCACCGGGACCUGACGCAACAGCAUCAGGAAUUGGCGACGCUCCGCCGCACAGUGCAGAGCCACGAGGAUGCAACUCGGGCACUCAAUGCCCGAUUGUUGGACCUGGAACAGGCUGUACCAGGACCAGCUGCUGGAGCUUCCAGCAGUGCACCCUCAAGCCGCCAACUGGAGGACCGCGUAGACCACGUAGUGGCAAUGCUCGGCGACAUCAGCACCUUCGCUGCGCCGAUCACCACCAUCAGCAGUCAGCUGCAUACAUUGAAGACCGAGGUCCAGAAGCUGCAGUCGACGAACGCGGACGACAAUCCGAAGAUGUACAAGAUGCCAACUUUCAACCUGGAGAGGUUCGACAACUACACGCAACAGGAUCCCGUCCUCUGGUGGGAAGCAUUCACAACGCAACUCAGGAUUCUGCCAGUAGCCAAGCAUGCGUACAUCGACGCCCUGUUCCUGAACUCAAAGGGUGGAUGCCAGACCUGGUUGAGCCACCUGGCAACCUCCCACGGCGUCGACGUACCAGACUUGAAGGACGUAAUCACAUGGGAGGAACUAACACGGCUGUGGAAGAAGCGGUUCAUCGUCGACGACGCGCCGGCACUCGCCAUCAACCGUUUGUUCACCAUGUCACAGGGCAACACAACAACACGGGACUGGCUCACGGAGUGGCAGAAGAUUGCGGCUGUGCCCAAUCUGAACCUACCAUUCGAGCAUCUACGCCGUGAGUUCUACAACAGGUCGUGUGCGGCAUUGAGCCAGGCUCUUGGUGAUUGCGAGCAGUACUCAACCUUCGCGGAGAUCAUUGACAAAGCAAGGGAGAUCAUCAAGACCAACAGGUCAGCUGCACACGAGAAAUCAACAUGGCAACCGACCUAUGUGGAGAAGGCACGAACUGGUCCGCGACAGCAGCACUUCGCUGUAGUCCAGCAGGACAGUGGAGAUAACCCAGCAGCCACUCCAGUAUCAAGUGACG